GAGGACUCCACAAACAAAGCAAUCAUAGACUGCCUGUUGACUUUGUGCUUUCCUUCUACAGCAGCAGGACAUUCCUGUUUGUGUGUACACACUUGCACUUGGCAGUUUUCAGAAUCUCAGUUACUAGCAAGGAGGCGGGAGAAACCACAGGCUACACCGCCGCCUUUAGCACAACGUGCCCCGGCGCACGACUGCGAAGCAAUAGUAGCACUCGGCUCCAGUCCUGCAACAAGAGGACAGACCUAAAUCCGCGGCCUUCUCUCGCCAUGAACCAGACUGCCCAGCUGGCGGAUGCAAAACAGCAGGCGUAAAUUACGCACCCAGAAGCAGACCGUCCAUGUCAAAGAUCAGGAGCAGUAGUGAACUGGACAAGGAAUGAAGUUGAUUAAAGUUUUAUUUAAUUGAAAGUGUGGUUGGUGCCACAAAAGUAAUUCCACCUUAACACAGAAGAAUGAUCAUCCUUUUCCAGUUGAUGCUUUAUCUGUGGCCAACCAACAGUGCUAUAGAUGAAAGACUUUCAAAGCCCAACAUCAUCUUGUUCAUGGUUGAUGACCUUGGCAUUGGAGACUUGGGAUGCUAUGGAAAUACAAGUCUAAGAACUCCCAAUAUUGACAAUUUAGCUAAAGGAGGCAUAAAACUAACUCAUCAUGUAGCAGCUUCCCCAUUAUGUACACCAAGUAGGGCAGCAUUCUUGACAGGCCGAUAUCCUAUCAGAUCAGGAAUGGCAAGUCUGAAUCGGCUUGGAGUCUUCUUAUUUUCAGCCUCUUCAGGGGGUCUGCCUGCUGAAGAAAUAACAUUUGCAAAGCUUCUUCAACAGGAAGGCUAUUCUACAGGUCUUAUAGGCAAAUGGCAUCUUGGUCUAAAUUGUAACAGCAGUCAUGAUUUCUGCCACCAUCCCUUAAAUCAUGGAUUUGAUCAUUUCUAUGGAAUUCCUCUGAAUAAUAUUAGAGACUGCAGGCCUGGGAAUGGAAGUGUUUUCAUCAAAGGAUUUAAAAUGCAUAUUUCCUCAACCCUUCAGAUCACUGGAAUUGCUCUAAUAACUUUGGAAGUUAUGUAUUAUAUUGGCUUUUUCAGAAUUCCACAUAGAAUGGUAGGCUACUUUUUUUUGUUGGUUGUUACAUGGGUGGCAAUCAUAUUCCUCUUCUUUAACAACUUUCGGCAUCUAAAUUGCUUCCUGAUGAGAAAUUACACUAUUACCCAGCAACCAUGGAUUUAUGAAAACCUAACCCAGAGAUUUACAGAAGAUGCCAAGCACUUUAUAAGAAGGAAUAUUGAUAAACCAUUUCUCCUAUUCCUAUCAUACCCUCAAGUCCAUACAGCUCUUUAUGCAUCACUAGCUUUUAGAGGAAAGAGCAAGCAUGGCAUAUAUGGGGAUGCUGUGGAAGAAAUGGACUGGAGUGUAGGACAGAUUCUCCAAGUAUUAAAUCAAUGGAACUUAAGUGAGCAUACUCUUGUAUAUUUCACUUCAGAUCAUGGAGCACAUCUUGAAGAAAUAUCAGACAAUGGAGAAGUCCAUGGUGGUUAUAAUGGGAUAUUUAAGGGUGGAAAGGCUACAAAUUGGGAAGGAGGGAUUCGAGUGCCUGGCCUCCUCUACUGGCCUGACGUUCUUGAGCCUGGAAAACAUAUUUAUGACCCAACAAGUAAUAUGGAUAUAUUCCCUACCAUAAUUAAACUUGCUGGAGCAUCACUGCCCAAUGACCGAAUUAUUGAUGGACAUGAUUUAAUGCCCUUGCUUCAAGGCAAUGCUCUCCAAUCUGAGCAUGAAUUUCUCUUUCAUUACUGUAAUGCAUAUUUAAAUGCAGUUCGGUGGCAUCCAAGAAACAGUAACUCUAUUUGGAAGAUAUUUUACUUCACUCCAAAUUUCAGUCCCAAAGAAUCUAAUGGCUGCCACGAUUAUCAUGUGUGCUUCUGCCAUGGACAGUUUGUCACAUACCAUGAUCCACCACUACUCUUUGAUCUCUCCAAGGACCCAGAAGAAAACAAUCCACUGACACCAGAAACUGAGAGCCACUUCCAUGAAAUUCUUCAAGCUAUUCACCAUGCAGUGCACAAUCACACCAAGUCAAUACUUGCUGUUCCCAACCAAUUUUCAUUGGGACAUAUCCUAUGGAAGCCCUGGCUUCAGCCUUGCUGUUCAUCCUUACUCCAAUGGUGUUACUGCAAUCAUGAGUCAUGAGGAAAAAAAACUUUAUGUAGAGCCUGAUAUUAUCACUGAGAAUGGUAAAGAACUCAUGUUCUUUAGGAAGAAACAAGAACACAAUGUAAUCAUAUUUCCUUAAUAUUUGCAUUAAUUGUGCUUAAUAAUAAUGUAAGAGUUACUAGAACUGAUUAAAGUGGGCUCACUUAUUUUGAAGCCCCCGCAAAAGUGGGUAAUGGUGAGACCAUAGUUUUGCUAGCAUUCACAUAGUAAUUUUUCUGAGUAAAAUAGACAUCUCUGGAACAAGAAGGCCAGACUUCUAAUACAGCUAGGCUGUUUCCUUUACCCACAAUGCAUAUGGAAUAUGUUAUAAUUCUAAUGUAAUAUUUUCUCCAGUGUAGCAUGGUGGGAUAAUAUGCUGGCUCAUUAUUUUGGUUCAUCACACAAUCAACUAUCAAACAUUAACAUCUGUCUAUCCCAGGUCCUUAGGAAGAACUCGAUAGAUGUAUAAAAAUGCCAAAUCUAGUCUGAACAUCUGGCUGACUGUGCAAUGAACUAUAAUUGAUUGCCAAAUUGUUAAUAUAGUAGUAAUUAAACUAUCAUCAAAUUUAGGUUUGAUUAGGGCCUCACAUAUUACUGUACCCAAUGGCACAAAUCUAGAGUACACUAAAUACAGCGUGGUAUAUCAUUUAAAUGCUGAAGGGGGUUCAUAGACGCAAUUUUAUUUACACAUAUGCAGCAAACUCUUCCUGCCUUAUUAGAGCAAUAUAGUUUCUGGAUGCAUAUUACAGAGAUAAAUGACCAAUUCUUUACAUAUUAAUUCAAGAGUGGGGAAAGUGUAGUCCUGGAAAUGCAUGUGAGUUCAGCCAGCAGAGGCAAUGAAUAGGAAUAGAGAUUGUAGUUAAGUGACAUUUGAAAAGCCAGUGGCUCUUUAUGUCAAUAAAUAAUAAAGCCAUGCUACAAAAUUUUUAUAUUUUAGCCUACGCUAAAUAUAAAUAUUAGCAAGAAUGGACCCUAUGCAGGUGGAAUCACCUAGGAAUCUUCACACUGAUGUGAGUGUAAAACUAUAAGAUAUGUCAACCUUAAUAGGUUGAUCCCGGACCUCCGGACCUUCCGUCGAGCUUUGAAGACCUUCCUAUUUCAGCAAGCUGGGCUGGCUUAAAAUUUUAAUGGGUUAUUUUAAGGGUAAUGGGUUUUAAUUUUUGGGAAGCCAAUUCGAUUUAAUUCUGUUUUAAAUUAUUUUAAAUUUUAUAUUGUAUGUAUUUUAAUUUUGGCUGUUCACCGCCCUGAGUCCUUCAGGAGAAGGGCGGUAUACAAAUUUAAACAAUAAAUAAAUAAAUAAAUAAAUAAAUAAAUAAAUAAAUAAAUAAAUAAAUGAAAUUGCAAGAAGAGGUUCAGUUCCUACAUAGGUGAAAGAGCUGCCCAGAAUGCUUUGCUUCAAAGCUCAUUUGGAUCUUCUGCUUCACAGAUUGCAUUAUCCAAAUGGACAGGUUUACCACAGUGUUCUACAUUAGCAUUGCUAUUCAAAGACAAGAUCCAUUUUUCAUACAUAUUCAUUCCCUUCGCUGAUAUCAUCAGACUGAUAAGAUUUAAUAAAUACAUCUUUAAUUGUGAGUCAACCAUAAUGGAUAAUAUUAUCAUCAGUUAUUAGGCAUAAUAGAAAAAUGUAACUACUAUAGUCCAAUCCCAUCAAAUCACACUACAUUACAGAGAUACAGAAAGUUCAGGUCUUCAGAUUCCUUCUGUGUCCUCUAGAUGCCAAAGCUAAAUUUAACUGUUUUUCAUGAUAAAUGACUGACUGAUAGUUCUAAGUCAUCCACACUCUUUAAACCACCUAAAGUGUACUCAGAAAACAAUUCCCACCCCACAGUCUUGGAAGGUGGCUCUUCAUAUGCUACAAAAAGCUUUGCAUGGUCCUUAAACUGAUGGAAAUUGUUUAUUCCUACUAUAUUAUUUUCAAUAAUAUAUUCCUUUUGCAGAAAUAUUUUAAAUAUUUACCAGAGCUGGGGCAAGGUAAUUUUCUGUCCAAAAUUAAAGACAGAAUGCUCCAUACUCAUGUAUUAAAUGCAAAGAAAUUAUCUUCAUCCAAGCACUUCUGUUGUUUUCAUGGGAGGAAAAGUAUUAACAUAGGAUGACAGUUAAUAUAUUUCAUUAGAUCAGUGACUCAUACUAUUACUGCUAAUUAAUUUAACAAUGUUACAUUAUUGAAUCACUUUAUGCUGUAGCAUGAGACAUGCUAAAGUAUUAAGUAUUGUACAUUAUACCUAAAAGUCUAAUUGUUUUCAGUCUUCUUAAGUGUUAAGUGGUCUAAGGCACCCUGUUAUUAAGCUGGUUAUUAAGACCAGCUGCCUGCAAUUACUGCAGGUUCGAAUCUCGCCAAGGCUCAAGGUUGACUCAGCCUUCCAUCCUUUCUAAGGUAGGUAAAUUGAGGACCCAGUUGUGGGGGCAAUAAACUGACUUUAUAUAAAUAUACAAAAGGAUGAAGGCUAUUGCUGAGCACAUUGUAAGCCGCCCUGAGUCUCCGGAGAAGGGUGGCAUAUAAAUCAAAUUUUUAAAAAAAAAGUGUAAAUCAUUUAAAAAUGUGGGUGCAAUCUUGUAUGCAAUCUUGUAUGGCUAUUCUGAAUUUUAAAGGGUUUUAUGUAAUCUACAAAACCAUAACUAUGUCUGUAAACUGCAUCUGUAUCAUUGAAAAAGUAUAUUAUAAAAAAGACUGUAAAAUAGAAAAGAUUAAAUAAGACUACGUACAUCAACAAUUAUUAUUCAAAUUGAAGAAAGCCAAUAUCUUAUACAUUGAGAUUGCUGAAUUAGCUGUAGAAACAGGAAAGCUCUGAUUGUGUGAAUGUUCCAAGGAAGAGUAUCUGCUGUAUUACCAGUACUCUGGAACAUUCUGCCCCCAGGAUGAGGCUUGACCCACCCUUUAUUCUUCCUCGGGGUUCCUGGACGGCCCGGCGGGUCUUGCGCCAUUGGAAGCGGGCGUCGAUGCGCAAACACUGCGUUAUGAGGGCGUCAAGGGUCUGAGGCGCCUCCACCCGCACCAGCUCGUCCUGCAGGUCGUCGGAGAGGCCAUCCUGGAAAGCGUCCCUUAACGCUGCAUCGUUCCAGUCAGAGUCCUGGCCCAGAAGCCGAAAUUCAGCCACAUAUUCCUGCAGGGGGUGCUUCCCUUGACGGAGGUCCUUGAGGUGCCUGGCUGCUGUCUGAGUCUUCAUGGGGUCCUCGUACAUCACCCUCAGAUGUUGCCAAAAGCCCUGAUAAUCUGCCAACAAGGGGCUAUUCUGCAGCAAUAGGGGUGUGGCCCAUCGGGCGGCAUUGCCAGAGAGGAGGUUAAUUACGAAUGCCACCCGAGCCCGGUCGUCCAGAAAGUCCUCUGGCCUCAUAGCCAUAAACAAUUGGCAUUGUCCCAUGAAGGCCAGGAACAUCUCCUGCUGCCCAGAGAACUUAUCUGGCACAUUGAUAGGGCAUUUCCGACGGGGAGGAGGAGGAGGUGGAGGGACAGCUGGAGCAUUUCCCAAAGCCAGCUGCGCAGUUAGCUGGCCGACUUGCUGCUGCAGGAGCUGGUUGGCAUCUUGCAGCUGCUGUAACUGCUGCUGCAGCUGUUGAUCCAUCGUGGUUAAACGAUGGUUUACGUUUCAGGUGACGGACAAGAUGUUCUGUCCCUGUCCCCACACACACACAAACAGCCAGCCAGGGGUUAAAGAAAUACUCAGCACACACAAGGUUCGUUAUCAGGAACUUGGCAGCAAUACGAUAACUGUCUGCCAAGUGCUUUACUACAAGAAGAGGGAGUGUUCCUCCAUCAGAUAACACCAACAAAUACACACAGUUUUCAAAACAGUCCAGCUCAAACAUGAAACCUUCAGCAGAUUUGGCAUUGUACAAAGUGACUAGCCAGAAGUUAGCUUUGUCCGUCACAGAGUCUAAAUGGCCACCACACUCUCUUAUAUAGCCUGUGGGGUGUGAUCCAGUGACUCAGCUUAAUCCCUGGCACGCCUCCUCAUCUGCUGCAAACGUUUAUCUCACCUUCGUUGGCGUGGAUCCAGGAACGACUUAUCACCCUCAUCGCUGUCAUCGGAGACACCUGGCUCCUGGUCAAUCUCCUCUCCCUUGGCAGACACCUGAGGCAUUGCCAGAGAGGAGGGGCCUGGAGAGGGAGGCCUGGCCAGCUCCUCUCCUUCAUGUUCGGAGCCUUCUUCCUCUGAUAAGAUAGGCUCGGAGGACAGAGCCACAACACUACCUUAGAAAGGAUGGAAGGCUGAGUCAACCUUGAGCCUGGUGAGAUUUGAACUUACAGUAAUUGCAGACAGCUGGUGUUAAUCACAAUGCUAUCAGUCUGCUGAGCCACCAGGCUAUGCUGUUUGGCCUGGGAAGUCAUCUACCACAGAACCGGUAGUAAAAAAUUUUGAAACCACCACUGAUCUGGAUGGUGGUUACUAAAGGAUGACAUUUGAGUGGAAAAACUAAAGUACCAUAUAAACCGAAUAAGAUUACCAGAGAAGAGAUCUGUAUGUAGCCAAUUAUCAAAGAGCUAUGAAUAAUAUAACAAUUUUGCAUUUUUUCCUAGACAUUAAACACCAUUUUUCUUUUCAAAAGUCCAAUAAAUUUCCUUUUCCUUUUCCCUUUUCAGUGCACUUCUAUUCAGUAUACUUCUCUUUUUCUUAUUCUUUUCAGUUUUUACUCUAUGCUUACCACAAUGUGCUAUAAGAGAAUACAAACACACAUUUGAUAUGACAAAGCUUUGAUAUUACAAAGCAGUUGCAUGAAAAUAAUUGUAUAUUUAUAAUGCCAUUGCAAAGUAGGGUGGUCAUUCAGCUUCAUUUCCUUGCUUUAUUUAAUCAUGGGAUACACUCUAUGCUGGGUGUUUGUUACUCUUCUUGCUAGAACUCUAAGUGCUUUCCUGCUGUUAGUAGUGAAUAGAUGCAGUAGAUAUUUAAAACUGCUUUGUGAUCUUCUAUACCUUGACUUGUUACCCUUAUGUCUAACAAAGAGUAAACAAAAAUAUUUCUUUGAAAAAAUUGCUUCUAUUUUGAAAACUUGUUGAAGUCAUUUUGGAAUCACUUUAUAUUAUUUCCUGAUGGAAAAUAGAUAACAAUAGAACAUAAAGAGUUUUUUUUUUAAAGUUUCACCAUCUCUAUGUACUUGAGUGUGUGAUCUAUGAAAAAAGCAUUCUUGUAUUACUGUUUGUAUUUGCUGUUUGUUGUUUCAAAGUCUCUAUAGUGGUAAGACAACUUCAUCUUGUUGAUUUCAAUCAUGUAAAUACCUGGCCUCUAUGUAUUUCCAUAUUUUUCUUAUAAGACCACUGCCAGAAUUAGAGGGAAGAGAAUAGGAGGAAUCUCCAAUCUGAAUCAAUAGUAGCUAGGAAAGAACUGUACCAGAUGUGUUGGAGUUGAUCUAAUGUCUGGGUUCACCUAUCACUUUUAGAAAGGGACUUUUUGGUUAGAUGUAAAAGGGUAGAUGUCUUUUUUUCAGGCCUUAUCAUAUAAAUAAAUGGCAGCAGAUACGAUUUUAAUCUGCUGUCAAUUUUUUCCAUCCUCCUUCCCUAAAACACUAAAUCCACAAAAUACAGUAUUGUGCUAAGAUUUGGCACGUUUGCUAUUGGAUGCAAAGGGGAUUUGUGCUUGUUAUAAUGAACUGAUGGGUUCAGCAUGUUAUAAAAAUGCCCACUCAUUUGAAUAUAGUUUAUGGUUACACUCCCAGUGAAAAGAUGGCCAACUGAUGACAUGCCCAGGUAAGGAUCCCUGGAGGGUUUUUCCCUGGACUGUAGCCUUUUCAACUUACUAACACAAGGAACUGACAUUCCUUUAAUUUAUAUAACUCUCAUGGGUUAGGAAAAGUCCUAGAAUUAUCCUACAAGUUCCUUCCAUAUAACAAAGGUCUGCAAGUAGCUUCAGGAGCUGGGCUUUGAAGUAGCCUGCAUGCUAACAGCUGGGGUGUGUGCAAUGAGUUCAUUGUUGAAGAAGCAGCCAUUUUGGAGUUUAUUUUUCAAAUGGACAGCAAGUUAUGCCUUUUAUUUCUUAAUCACUUUUUAAGGACUAAUAAUUUUUAUUAAGCUAAAAGAGGCUUUCUUUAGUCACAAUCUGUUAUUCCUUUUUGAAGAUCUGCACCAUUUUGGGGGUUUCUUCCUUGUUAAACAACAAGGAAGAAAGAUGCUGAAGGCAAGUUAAAAUAAGGAAGUGUGAACUAUCUUUAAAAAAAUUGAUGGAGAAAUAUAAGGGCAGAAAGUUGUAGUUCUAGUAAAGCUACCCUUCGAAUAAAGAGUGAGUUAAGAAGAUGGAGGAGUAAAUUAUUAGAGAUGUAUUUGAAAAAUCUUUAAAUAAAAUCCAUCAGUUCAUAGAUCAGCUAUGCUCCAAGGAUGUUUAAAAAAACUUCUCAAACUACUUCAGGAAUUCAAAUUCAACUUACCAACCACCAAGGCAAUUUCACAAGUAGUUGACAAUUCAGAGGACUCAAUUGCAAUUUUGGAAUAUAAACCUGACACCAAUUUUUAUUAUGAUGGUUUAAAUAUAAACCUCCCAACACAAUUAAAAAAGAGCUCCAAGAAAAUCUGCAACUUUUAACAGGACAAGUUUGGAACUUUUUCCUCAUGGACAAAGUUAAGAAAUCCUUGAGAAAAAGAGAUGCUUAUAACUACUUGACAAACAUUCUAGAAAAGAAAAAGAUUUUAUUCUAUGAAGACAAGGUGGAAGGAGUGACUGAGUCAAUUGGAAUUUGUUGUUGUUAAUUGUGAAGUCAUAUCCAACCCGUCGCGACCUCAUGGACAACGUUCCUCCAGGCUUUUUAUUGGUCUUAUAUUUGUAAUUGAAAGAAUGACUUAAUCUAAAGUUUGAAAAAAAAUCCUUUAUAUAAAAUGUUUAAGUAAUUCCUAAAGUUUGUAAAAUAUUAUUGAAAGUGUAUUUGAACGUAUACGUGUUAAGAGAAAGGGACGCGGUGGCUCAGUGGAUAAGAAGCUGAGCUUGUCGAUCGAAAGGACGGCAGUUAGCAGUUUGAAUCCCUAGUGCCACGUAAUGGGGUGAGCUCCCGUUACUUGUCCCAGUUUCUGCCAACCUAGCAGUUUGAAAGUAAAGUUAAAGAAAAAGAUGUAUUAUUUUAAAGAAAAGUUUUAAAAAGAAUAUAUGCGAGAAGAAAAAAAUAUUCUAUGAGGGCAACCUGGAGGGAGUGCUCUAAAUUUAAUGAGUUAAUUGGAAUUUUAUUGGUCUAAAAGUGAACUUUAAAGUAUAUAUGUUAAUACAAAGUUUAAAAAAGAUUAUUAGAAUGUUUUGAUUUAGAAAUUAUUUUUUAAAAAGUUCAGUGUUUUAAAAUGGAUGGGGGAAAAAAGCAUUUUCCCCUUUAAGGUUAAAGAAUCUGAAUGAAUACAGUGAAUUUUGUUAAUAUAAAUGGUGAUAGUUUAUAAAGAUUAUUAAGUGCAAAUAGAAAUACAUAUUUCUACAGCAAAGAAAAUAAAGCAGAAAUGCUUAAAUUGAUUGUUUUAUUCAAAGUGGAGAAUAUAUUUAAUUAUGUUUUUAUUUUGAUAUCACUUCUGGAUUUUGUGCUUGGGAUAAAAAAUGAAAUUUUGACUUUGGCCUUGCCAUUUAGAUAGAUUUGUUGCUAUAGAAAUGGCUAGUUAUAUAUUAAUGUUUAAAAGUAGAAAGUUGAGGCUGUAAUGUUGUUAUCUUGUACUGUGUUAAAAAGUUGGAAGUCAAUACCCUCAUAUUUUCUUUUCUUCUCUUUUUCCUUCCCUUAAUUUCCUAUUUUUAUUUUUCUUUGUAUUUUAUACAUUGAUAAAACAUGAUAAAAGUUAUGAGAUAAAAAAAAUAUACUCUAUGGUAUAUCUUAAUUUGAAGAGUAUUUCCCACUGAACUAACAAAGCUAAGAAAAAACAACAUUAGCUUAUAUUUUUUUAAAGUGUGGGAAAAUAAAUUAUUCAUACAGUGCGAUCAGAAGAAUAUAACUAUGGAGAUGCCCCUAUUCAGCUGCAAAAAUAAAAAGUCCAUCCCUACAGUUUGAUGUCAUGUACAUGCUCCAUUUUCAUGAGCUGUUUUUAUCAUCACCAUUCUGCAAAUAUUGGGAUUUUCUCUAAAUAUUCUGAAUAGCUUUCUUUUUUGCCUUGAUAAUGAUAUGUGCUAAAGUUUAAGACUGAGAAGGUAUACAUAGCUAAAUAAUGUUCAUAAAUAAUCUAAGUCUUGCUUCCAUCAUUAUUAAAAACAUGCCCAUAAGGUUUAGUUAUGGGUUUAUAAGGCAUUAUAAAAUAUUUCUAAUUUCAGCAUAUUUAGUAAGUUGAAUGUACACUACUUGUUGUUUGAUUUAUACAAUUCAUUCUAAAAUAAUAUAGAGUCUUCUAUUUUCUUUAUCAUAAAUCAAAAUAUUAUAGUACUAAAAUAAAUAUAAGCAAACGAUCCGAGAGUUCAUAUGAACCACUUUAUAAGCAAGCAAUUUAGUUGUGCUGUAGUAAUAUAUUUAAGAGAGUUUGGUAAGAAAAUAAAUUUACUUUAGAGCAUUCUAGAAAAUUAUUUCAGUUAUCACUAUUGUGUUAAACCAAGAAUUGAUUUUUUUUUAAAAAAAGUGUGCAAAUAAUUUUUGUUUCAUGCUAAUAAAAAGAAUUUGUAAAGCUGUUUUCUUUA